CACAGUAGGCGGCGCUGUGCCGCGAGCCGUCGAGAGAGGAGGAAGAACUGGCAUUGCCUUUCAAAUAAUCACAACAGUCGCCCACCCAGGCGCCACUGUCCAUCAUCUCUGCUGUUGUGAAAGCGCUUCGCGAGUAAGAUUCUCAGCACCAAACAGACGAGUGUGGCACUGAUACGCCUGAAGUUGUGAGCACCAAGCUGCAACGUGAUGGAGGUUGAGAAUAAAGAAGAAACCGAGAGCCCUCUGCCCAACGGCAGCACCCAUCCACCCAAACGUGGACGCGGCAGACCACGAGGGUCACUCAAUAAGAAGUUCACUACCGAGAAAGCGCCAACACACAAUUCCAGGCCAUCUAAAAAGGUAGACUUCUUUUCUCCCGACAUAGUCAUAAAGACCAAGGUGAAGAAACGUGGUCGACCAAAGAAGAUAAAAAUGCCCGGCAGGCCGAGAAAGAUCCCGCUCACACCUGAGGAAGAAUCAGAGAGACUUCACAGGUUGAGUUUACAACGCAAGCGGAGACUGUCAAAGCCGCUCGGAAGACCACGCAUUCAUCCCAUCGCCGACGGUUCCAAGGUAAAAAGAGGAAGAGGCAGACCACCAGGGUCACUCAAUAAGAAGUUCACUGACAAGAAACACAAUGCCAGGCCGUCAAAAAAGAUGAGCAACUUUUCACCUGACAAAGACACACAGACCAAUGUGAAGAAACGUGGUCGACCAAAAAAGAUAAAACUGCCUGGUAGGCCAAGAAAGAUCCCGCUCACACCUGAGGAAGAAUCCGAGAGACUUCACAGGUUGAGUUUACAACGCAAGCGGAGACUGUCAAAGCCGCUCGGAAGACCACGCAUUCAUCCCAUCACCGAAGAUCCCAAGGUAAAAAGAGGAAGAGGCAGACCACGCAAGCAUGGCGAUAAAUCCGGUUCGCAGAGCAGUGAAGACAAACAAGAUGGCGUCGAAAUCAGCCUUGAUGCCGCCAGCGGCCCUCCACGAAAGAGAGGGAGGCCGGCGGGCUCGGUGAAGAAAAAGAGGGGUCGGCCCGCAGGUUCUACCAAGGUUGCAAGUGCAGACAGUCAAAGCCCCUCGGAGGACCAAGCAUAAAUCCCAUCAUUGAAGGUCCCAAGGUAAAAAGGGGAAGAGGAAGACCAUGGAAGUAUGGCGCUAAAUCUGGUUUGCAAAGUGGCAGAGACAAACUAGCUAGCGUCAAAAUUACCCUUGAUGUCGCCAAUGGUCCUCCAUGAAAGUGAGGGAUGCCUCAAUGUUUUGUUUUAAUGGAUAAAGCAGAGAAAAUCUACAAUUGCAAAUGGUGUUUGGAAAGAUGGGAAUAUAAGAUGCUGAAGAAAUCAUAUUAAAAAAGAGUUUCUGAGUGAGAUGAGGACUAUUAACGUCUACAACCUCAUGUUUUUAUUUUUUCUGGGCUUGAAAGACGUUUCCCAUUCUCUCGAUUUAAAAUCUCAAUAUAAUAGGGAAGUUAAGCACCCAUCAGAGACAAUAGACUAGUUAUUUUCACUUUACGUAUCUUGAAUAUCCAGUGUGCUUUUCUACUCUAUGAUGUGCUGGAUGGACUUAGUCGUGUUAUUUGAUAGAAUAUCAGCUAAUUUGCAUUCCCUUAUUCAUUAUCAUGAAUUUUAAUGGAUAACAUACAAUAAAGGCAAUCAAAUUAUAUGUACCUCUGUCUUUUAUUGAAUAAAAUGUUAUACUUUUA